ACAAUUUCCGAUCCAUUUCUUCUCACCACGCUCAAUCCUAAACAUUCAAUUCAAUUCAAUUCCAUCCCCCCGCGCCGGCUGUCUCCCCACCCUGACAUUCUCCGACCGCGAUUAUGUCAGGUUCUCCAUGGUUGCGUCCUGAAUCUUCAAUCAAUCGUCACACCCAGAUCUCAUCUUGAAAAAAAAAAAUAGCGAUAGCAGUAAUUAAUAAUGUCGAAUUAUGUAGAUUUCAACCAGAAGAUAGAUUACGUGUUCAAGGUCGUGUUGAUUGGUGAUUCAGCAGUAGGGAAAUCGCAGCUCUUGGCCCGUUUCGCCCGGAACGAAUUCAGCAUCGACUCCAAGGCCACCAUUGGCGUCGAGUUUCAGACCAAGACCCUCAGCAUUGACAACAAGACCGUCAAAGCCCAGAUUUGGGACACCGCUGGCCAGGAAAGGUACAGGGCAGUGACGAGCGCGUACUACAGGGGAGCGGUGGGGGCGAUGUUGGUGUACGACAUGACGAAACGGCAGUCGUUCGACCACAUGGCGCGGUGGCUGGAGGAGCUCCGGGGGCACGCCGACAAGAACAUCGUGAUCAUGCUGAUCGGGAACAAGUGCGACCUGGGGAGCCUCCGGGCGGUGCCGCAGGAGGACGCGCAGGAGUUCGCGCAGAGAGAGAACCUCUUCUUCAUGGAGACGUCGGCGCUGGAGUCCACCAACGUCGAGACCGCGUUCCUGACCGUGUUGACGGAGAUUUACCGGAUCAUCAGCAAGAAGACCCUGACCGCCAACGACGAUUUCGAUCCCAAUUCCGGGCUGUUGAAAGGGACGAGGAUUAUUGUCCCCGGCCAGGAUGCCGACGACGGCAAGCGGGGCGGCUGUUGUGGCUAGUUAGUUCCUGACCAAUUGAUUUGUUGUUGGUUUCUUUUUUUUUUCUGGGUAGGGAAUUAAGGAUUACAAUUUGUGACUUGAUUAUCAAUUUCUUCAAUCUUGAAGGAGCCGAAUUAGAAAAGUGGCUAGUAAUGAAUUUG